AUUUGCACGGGUGUCAAACGGAAGAACACCGAAGUGGAGACGUGGAAAACAGCUGCCCCCGUGGUGCGUGUUUGCGUUUGUGAAAAAGGAAUUGGCUCGAAAUCCCCUUUAACGCACUUGUCCCACGCCAGGAAUUGUGCUGCGAAUACGGAAGGCGUGACCAUAGCACAGUGUCCACUUAGUGUUGUGCGGCGAUGGCGGAGAAACGACGUGCAAAGAAGCGGAAGGAUGAAUAUAGUGGCCCCGGCGGUGUGGAUCAGGAAAUAGAGAAAGCUUCCAAGGAGGAGUACAAGGUUGCAAAAUGGCUCAAAUCGAACGUACCGACGAAAAAGACGAAAUUUCUCAAUCACAACGUGGAGUAUUUUUCCGCUAUCAAAGCAAUCGAUGCGUUGCUUGGGUCAAAGUUUGCCCAGGGUGACAAUUGUCUCUUCCCGCAUCGGCAGGCUGUGAUCGAUUUUAUGGCCGAUAUGUUGUAUCACAAGUUUUUCCACCGUGCCCGAAAGGUGCCAGUAAGUGAACAGGAGCUGCGUGGUAAGAGUGGCAAAAAGGCGGUUGAAGCUACUCCGGCACCAGCUAAGGAUGUUGGUAGCAAAGCCACGAAAGAGGAACGUGCAACCGAUGCAGAGAGUAGCCAUGCGGAGGGCGGCAGUAAGGUGGUGGAGGUAGCGGAGAAACGAAAGCGCAAGAUCCGUCUCGAGAUGCAUCCGGAGCAGGUGUUUAUCGAUGGGCACGAAGCGUACGUUUGGCUGUACGAUCCGAUACCGAUGCAUUACUGGAUCUUUGGUGCAUUGCUCGUCGUCGGUGCUAUCGUGAUCUGUCUAUUUCCGCUCUGGCCACCACUGUUGCGAAAGGGUGUUUAUUAUCUGAGCAUAGCGGCAGCCGGGUUUCUGGUAUUUAUUCUCGGAUUGGUCGUUCUCCGGUGCAUAAUCUUCUGCCUGGUGUGGGUUGUUACCGGCGGAAAGCAUCACUUCUGGUUGCUGCCAAACCUGACGGAAGAUGUCGGAUUCUUUGCCUCAUUCUGGCCCCUUUAUAAUCACGAAUACAAAGAUCGCCAGAACGGCACCGAUAAAGGUGGCAAGAAAACAAAGAAACGAAAACGUGACAAGGACAGUGGCGGUGAAGAAGAAAAUACCACCAAUAUUCCACCGACGAUCGACGAAGUGAAGGAACGGGACACUGAAAUGGAAAGCGUCAAAAAGCCAUCAUCACCAACGGCCGAGGGAUUACGACAACGUGGCACUAAACAGCAGCCACAGCAAUCGAAACCGUCGCCAGUGACGAUCGCGGAAUCGAUCGACGAGGAGCAAAACUCCGGAACACCGUCGGAAAGCGAUUCGGAAGGUUCGCAGCGGUCGUCGACGGGGAAGGACUUUGAAAUGGUUGAACCCGACGAGGUGGAUACCUCGUAAAAGGCAUACAUAGUCGUUUCAUAUCACCCUAAAGUCUACACACGGCCGUACUAUUAGCUGAAUCCGGCUCGGAUAACAAGAAACCGACAGAAAAUCUAAUUCAGCACACGUACCAUCACUCCGACCACCAUCACUCCAAUCUCAUUAGGCUCAUCAUGUACCUUCCAAUGUUUUCUAACUUACAAGAGCGAUCAGUAGCAUGUUGGACCAAAUUUAAUCCUAACCAUCGAAACGGAACCCGUGUGACGAAUGUAACAGCUUCUAUUCAGUUUCCGGUUUCCCGACCGUAAACCACGUACGCUGUCAAAGGCGCAUAGCGUUGGCAUAGCGUGCAUAUAUCCAGCGUAUGCUUUCAGACGUUUCGCAACAGAUUGUAACCGAUCUACAUCGUUUUGUGAUGCGUUAGCCGAAUGAAUCCCGUCCGUAAAACCGCAAUUAUUUUAUUGCAUUGAGUUUUGUUAUUGUUUUUUUUAUUGAUGUCCACGCGGCGUAUAGUAAACGGAACCAACUGCUGUAGAACUGGGUUAGUUGAGCUUUACCCGUGACAGAAGUGGUUAUAUUGAAUUGAAGAUAAUUACAGUUUAAUUGCCGAGAGAACAUACUCGAUGCUGCGAGUGUACACGUUAAGGUACAAGAGUUAAUUGCAUUGAUAAAGAACAACGGUUUGGUGUUCAUAAAUUAUUAAAGCCCCACCUGUUCAAUGACAAACAAACAAAACAGAAAAUGAAAUGUAAAAACAA